GGGAAUUCGCGAACUUGUUUUCCGACGACCACCAGGCCGGUCGAACGACUCGAGGCGUCGUUUCUCCUUGACCUCGUCCAUCAUCAUGCCCAUGCCGUUCCCAUUCAGCUUCAGUUUCUCAGUACCGGGCAUUCCUAACCCUUUCUCAUCCUCAGCAUUCUACCGGCCGGUUAAGGCGCCGUAUUCCCAUUCUGAAUCUGUGCAUUCCAGCAAUGACAAGCAUGAUAAGUAUAACAAGCCCGAAGCCAAAGUGGGACCUAUUCGCCGCAGAGCCCCCUCUCCUUGUCUAUCAUCUUCUCAACCACUAUCACGAAAGAGAGGUUGGGUACCGUCCAUCUCUGAGCCAAGUCAGGCUGCCGCUAUACCCACGAGCACGAGUGGUUAUCUAGACACGCCCGCAAAGUACCGAGAUAUGGCCCAAUCACACGAGGACGAUGAAAUAGAGGAAAUGGUUGGAGCGUGUUUCCUGCGUACAUGCCACCUCCUUGCUUAUUGACACGAUUGCAGAGCCUCUGCGACACUAUAAAUGUUACCUUCAUCUGGGUUGUGGUGCUCCUGACAAUGACAACGACACUCACUCUUCAUGUAUCCAUAGACAUUCCCGCUCCCAAGCGGCGUAAAACGCUUGCUGGCUCUAUUGUAUCGACCGCGUUGAGCGCGGCUCUUAUCGGCACUGCUGUCGGCCUUACUGUGUAUCGCCUAUGGCGGAAUCGUGGCAGACAACCUGAAGCACUACCUCCACCUCCAUACGAACAAGGGGAAUGGGUACCAAAACCACAGGAAGGAAACACCUCGCCAGUUCCAGAGACGAAGGUCACUCCUGCUACCCCGCGAUCGAAGAAGCCACAAUAUGUUGCUGGUCGACGCACAGUCCCUCGCCAUCGCAAAACUCCCUCUCGUUCUCAUGUACAUACCCACACUCUUCCCCGUGGUGUCUCGCCCCCACGCCACGCACUCAUUCCGGAUGCCUUUACCUCAGGUCCCGACGAGACCGAACCUCAUGGCGAGGUUGAUGAGCAGAUGGAUUGGAUGAGUGAUCGACUGAACCGAUUGAUUGAGGAGGGAAAGCGUGCACUCGGUAAAGAGAUCGUCGUCAUGAGUGAAGCUCAAGAAGACGAAGUCGAUGAUGGUUCCGGUGCUUGGAUCGAAGACGAGCUACUGCCAACAUCUUCCUCGACGGGUUCCAUGCGUAGAGGGAGAACGCGUCCUCGACACGCUCCCCUGCCCAGCUUCUCUCCUCUGAGAGGCGCCCAUACACCUUCUCCUCAGUCGUCUCCGCGCAAGAAGCGCUUCGACGUUAGUUACUCAAGGCAAGUUACAGAGUCUCCUCGACGGCCUGGUCGAGGUAUCUCUGUUGAGUCCGACGCUCGAUCCUUCGUCACGACAAGCCAUCGUGAGGACGAAGAGGAUCUCAUAUCUGCUGAAGCACAGGAAGCUAUGGAGCGCGCCCGAAUGCUCUAUCGUCAACGACAACAGCAUUCAUGAUACUCUGAUGCACCUUUCUCUCUCUCAUUGGGACCCUCCGGAAACCGAUCACGACUAGAAUGACCCACAAAACGAUUACUACGACCUCAAAUGACAAUGAAAUGACUCUCCGUAUAUUAGUAACAUUAUUCUCUGUCACCGUCCACGCUCUCCCGCCCGCCCUCCUUUACAGUGUUGUUGUCAUUAUCUAUAGAUGCCUGCUAUACGACGGUUAGGUAGUAAUCCCCAGUUGUGCCUCAUCCAAUUUGUAUCUGUACUUCGCAAUUGUUAUCGCAUAUGAAAUAUGUUUUCGAUGUCCUUGCUGCAUAUUUUGUAGGGCCGAGUUUCGAUUCGGGACCCCAACUACUUGGACUUCCUUAUAAUUGAGCACUUGCCAUCAAAUACGCAUCCCG